ACUGGUGUUUUGGGCUCCCGUUCCAUUAAUUGUAUGGUUGCUAGUAAAACAGUAAGCAAGAGCGUGCGUCGGGAGAAGUGACUGUGGGGGAGGGCAGGAAGAGAGAAACUUUCAUGUUUACUUCCCUGUUCGGAUUGAAAGUGGGAUCUGCCAGGAGCAAUCCUUGUUGAUACUUGUCCUGAUUAAUGUGUGGAGUUUUAUGUUCUGGCUGGGUCCUUGCUGAUCCUUUUGGGCUGUGCAGCUGUAGCAUGAGAUCCAGAGAAUCAUGUGGAUUACUGUUGACUCCAAGAGGUGAAAAACAGAGCUGAAUAUGGCAGAUAAAGAUGAGAGAGUGGACAUACCCAUUAUUCGAGGGCAGGUAUAUAUCGAAGUAGAGUACGAUUAUGAAUAUACUUCAAAAGAGAAAAGGAUUGUAAUAAAACAAGGUGAAAAGUACAUUCUGCUUAAAAAGACCAAUGAUGACUGGUGGCAAGUCAAGAAAGAUGAAACCUCCAAACCGUUCUAUGUGCCAGCACAGUACGUAAAGGAAAUACCACGCAAAGCUCUGAUGCCACCUGUGAAGCCUCUAGUCCUACAGCCAGGUAGCACUUUAAAACCAAAAUUGACUGAAGCCAUCAGCAAAUCCCCCGAAGUCCCAAACUCUGGGAAACCCUUCCCAUUCCAGUCUUCUGUUUCUAGUCAGGUUCGAGAUGCAAAUCAAAACUUCAGCCAGAACAUCAGCCCAGGUCAGAACAUAGAUCAUGUCCAGAACAAUGUGAAAAUAAAUAAUGAAUUACAACCUUCAAAGGUGCCAGCCCAAAGUAAACCCUUUUCUUUGGGACGUUUUCCUGAUUUUGAGUCUCUAGAAGUAGAGAAAACAAGUUUUUCCCAUGAACAGUCAUGGGAUUCAACUGGAGAAGGUUCAGAGAAGUUUCAUCUAGAUUCAGAGUCUGGGGAUGAGUACAGCAGCAGUUCUACAGAACAUAUCCAAGCAACUACACCAACAGGUCAAGUAAGACCAGAUUCUCCAGUGUACACUAAUUUGCAAGAACUGAAAAUCACACAGUCUACCUUCCCUCCCCAGCCUACAAGCUCACCUAUUCAAGUUAAUGGAGAAUGGGAGACCCAUAAGGAUACUGCCACUGGAAGAUGCUACUAUUUUAACAGGGUAACUCAAGAAAGAACAUGGAAGCCUCCACGGACUACAGGACGGGAUACUCUUGGCAGCAAAGCAGAUUCUCACAACCUUGGAGAACAUGAGCAUCUUUCAUCAGAAGAAAAUUGCCACAGCCUUUCUGAUAGUCAUUAUGGUUCAGCGCCAAGGGGCUGGUCAGAAGAGUUGGAUGAACAUGGGCAAACCUUGUAUGUCAGUGACUAUACUAAUGAAAAGUGGAUAAAACAUGUUGAUGAUCAAGGUCGACCGUAUUAUUACAGCACAGAUGGAAUGCGAUCAGAAUGGGAGUUGCCAAAGUACAAUAUUUCGCCACAACAGCCAGGGGAAAUUGCCAAAAGCAGAAGUCUGGACAGAAAAGUUGAACCUAUAGUGUUAACAAAAUGGAGGCACAGCACAUGUGUACUGGAUUCAAAUGAGAAGUCGGCUGCCAAGCUUGAGCGUACUUCAUCUGAGUACUUCUUGAAUACUGCUGCCCAUUUGGUUCACCCAUACCCUCAACAAGAGUCGCCAACAACACCCAAGCAAAUCUUUUCCGACAGUGAACUAUCACCUCCCUCACCAAAGCAACCCAACUCAGUGCCAGAGAAAUGUGGUUUAUUAAAUAUAACAAAAAUAACUGAUAAUGGGAAGAAGGUUCGAUAUUUCUAUUACAGAAAGAACUGGACUUCAUCUUGGACAGUAUUAAAUGGCUCCUCAUUGUCAUAUUCUAAAAACCAGGGAAGUGGAGGUAGUUGGAAGUUUGGCAGCAAUCCCUCAAAACCAGAAUUUGUACUUGAUUUGAGGGGAGGUUCCAUAGAUUGGGCAUCUAAAGACAAAUCCAGCAAAAAGCACGUAAUAGAGGUGAAGACUCGUCAAGGAACGGAACUUCUUAUACAUUCUGAAAAUGAUACUACAAUAAAUGAGUGGUAUAAAGCUUUGUUAGAGACGGUUAACAGGCAGGUUGGAAACCCUGAUGAACCAAAUGAGGAUGAGGUGCCUGAAUCUCCUUCAAUAGAAAAACUAGACAAAGAAAAAGAACAGAGAGAGUCUAAAAAAAAUCGUUCUUUAAAAUCCUCUGCUAGUGUAGAUGCAGCUGAACAAAAGAAGACAAAAACAAAACUGAAGAAGUUUCUCACUCGUCGCCCUACAUUACAGGCAGUUCGUGAAAAAGGUUAUAUUAAAGAUCAAGUGUUUGGGUCGAAUUUAGCUGAGCUGUGUAAAAGAGAGAAUACUACCGUGCCAAAAUUUGUGAAGUUGUGCUUGGAACAUGUGGAAAAGCAUGGGUUGAAUGUUGAUGGAUUAUACAGAGUAAGUGGAAACCUAGCAAUCAUACAAAAAUUGCGAUUUGCUGUUAAUCAUGAUGAGAAGCUGGAUCUGAAUGAUAGUAAAUGGGAGGAUAUUCACGUUAUUACAGGAGCACUAAAAAUGUUCUUCCGAGAACUGCCAGAACCACUCUUCACAUAUAAUCAUUUUGAUGACUUUGUAACUGCAAUCAAAACUUCAGAUUAUAAACAACGAGUCAGUGCCACAAUGGAACUAAUAAAGCAGUUGCCAAAGCCAAACCAAGAUACAAUGCAGGCCUUAUUCAAACACCUGAAGAAGGUUAUUGACAGUGGAGAAGCCAACAGAAUGAACACUCAAAGUAUUGCUAUAGUAUUUGGGCCAACUCUUUUAAGACCUGAGAAAGAGACUGCCAGUAUAGCGGUCCACAUGGUAUAUCAAAAUCAAAUUGUGGAACUUAUUCUAAUGGAAGUUGAUUCAAUUUUUGGACAUUAAAUGUGCAGAGACAUAAUUAGCAGCAUUGUGAACACUGGUUUCUAAUUAAGAGCUCAGGAGUCGAAAUACUGUAAAUCGAACAUGGCAUUACCUGUGUGGACCAAGUCCUUACUGGUUAAUAUUGCACUUCAUUUUGGGAGCUUUGAAAGUUCAGUUUGCCAUACUUGGCACGUAUUUGACAUUAUAUUUGAUGUCCAUGCCUUUUCCUUUUUGCAGUGGAAUUAUUCAGAACAAAUAAUGUACUUAAUUUCCUUUUUUCAGCUGAUGAUAAGCAGCUCUGGAACCACAUCUACACUGGAUUAUUACUUUUUUUAGACCACUAUGAAUGGGAAAGUGAAACACUGUAGUAUUUAAAAUAUCGCUUCAUUUUUGAUGAUGCUGUGAGAGUGAGCUUGUGUUGUAUUAAGAGUUUGUUCCAAAGACCAGGUUGGGCUAAAGGGGGGAGGAGUACAGUUACUGUUUUCAGUUGCCAUUUAUGCACACCUUAAUGUCUGUGUGGUAAUUCAUGUCUUAAAUCUUUUGCAGUAUCUCUUUAGUGAAUAUGUUGGUAAGAUAAGCUGCAUGAUUUAUGCAUGCGUUCACAGCUGUAAUGUUGCCGUAGUACUGGUCAGGAGUGGUUUGCAGUGAUGCAGAGCAGAUUGUUUGAAGUACCCCCCCCCUCUUUCUAAGUACUGUAUUGCACAUAGUCCACACAGAACUUUAAGACGAAUCAAGAGUAUUACUGUAAAACUGAAUAUACAAGUCUAUCCUUUGCGGAUAAUUUAUGAAUUAGAAUCUUCUUACUACAAAUGCAGGGGUUUAAAGCAUCACUCAGUACUGGCUUUGCUGCAAUGAAUUCUUAUAUAACUGUCUUAAAUGCUGAGGUUUUGAUUAUAUUUUGUGGCAUAUUUUCUUUGUAAAUAUAGACUGAAGGCUUGGUAACCUUUGGCUUCUGUACAUAGACUUGUUAUUGUAUAGUCUUGUAACUGUUGAGGUUUUUAGUUCUUUUCUAACCAUACUUUUCUAAAUUUGAAAACAAAGUUCUAACUAUGGGUCAGUUUGCUGCAGAGAGCAGUUCUUAGUGGGUUGGGAGGGACACAGAUCAUUCAGGAACUGGAACUUUGAGAUAUUAAUCAUGCACUUUUUGAUUUUUAAUUAUUUCAUUUGCAGAGAGAAUGGGUUUCGUGCAGAUGGUACUGGAAUAUUGCAACAGUUUCUACUGAAUAGUGGAUGCAUUAUAAAAAGAGACUUUAAACUUAUUUAAUAUGUACAGGAUUACUUGCAGAAAAUAGUUAUUGUAACUUACAUAAAUGAUACUGUAUAAACUGAUGUCAAGUGCUUUCAGAAAAAAAUAUAUAUGUUUAUUUUAAAUUUGUCUUUACAUUAUUAAUGUAGACAGUUUAAAAGGGCUUUUGGAAGAUUGUUACUGGGAGCAUGGUCAGCUACAACAUUUCUUGAAUGUAUUUUUUCUAGACUAACUACUGUAAAUGACAUAUCGGUAUGUCUAAUCUGAAUUAAACUGAAACAGUGGACAUCUUGA